AUGAGCAUACUGCAGUGGUGUUACAUGUUUGGUGUCUUGAAAAAGCUGACAGUCUCUGCCAUUCUUGUCCUGCGGGUCAAAGCGAUGGGUGACAUGCCUCAUCCCGAACGGUAUAUUGCUGAUGAGCAAUCGGGAUUUGCAACAUCGCGCUUAUCUAAUUGGCACAGCGGCUACGACGAUGGCAUCUGGCUCGAUGAUGGUCAUGGGGAUAUCGAAAAUGUUCGUCGACUCCAGAUGCAUCCAUGGAUCAUUGACCAAUUUGACAACCAAGACAACGAGCCAGUUGAGGAGGCCAAGGACCGUGGCUUGAGUGUGGAAAGCAUUCUGCAGUGGAACGAGGAGGUUGAGAAGUAUCGAGCCGGAAAUGGCACACCGUGA